AUGGAAGGAGACUCUCUCCUUUUAAAGAAUAACUCCUCCUCUUCCCUCCCUCACCUCCAUCCACUUAUGCCAUCACAUCGCAACCAAAAAGGUAUUCAUUCUCUAUUCUCUUUAUUCUCUUUUUCACUCAUUCUCCAAUCUUUUUCAUCUUUCUUUAUUCUCUUCCUCUUUCUUUUCAUCUUUCUUUAUUCUCCUUUUAUUUCGUUUUCAUCCUUCUUUAUUUUCCUUCUAUUUCUUUUUCAUCAUUCUUUAUUCUCUUUGUCUUUUCAUCUUUCUUUAUUCUCCUUCUAUUUUUUGUCUUUCUUUAUUCUAUUUCUUUUUCAUCUUUCUUUAUUCUCUUUGUAUUUUGUUUCAUCCUUCUUUAUUCUCUUUCUAUUUCUUUUUCAUCUUUCUUUAUUCUCUUUCUAUUCCUUAAUUAACUUUCUUUAUUCUAUUUCUUUUUUCAUCUUUCUUUAUUCUAUUUAUUUUUCAUCUUUCUUUAUUCUCUUUCUUUUUCCUUUUCAUCCUUCUUUUUUCUCUUUCUCUUUCUUUUUCAUCUUUCUUUAUUCUCUUUCUAUUACUUUUUCAUCUUUCUUUAUUCUCUUUCUAUUUCUUUUUCAUCCUUCUUUAUUCUCCUUCUAUUUCUUUUUCAUCUUUCUUUAUUCUCUUUCUAUUUCUUUUUCAUCAUCCUUUAUUCUCUUUCUAUUUCUUUUUCAUCUUUCUUUAUUCUCUUUCUAUUUCUGUUUCAUCUUUCUUUUUUGUAUUUCAUUUCAUCUCUAA